UUGAUUUACGUGUCAUUGAAAUAACCAUGUUUAAAAUAUUGUAUUUAUUUUUCUUUGCUUUACAAUGUUUACUGUGCACCUCAAACACGAACGCAGAAAUAAUAAACACGAAUGUGGAAAGACUGUUGGAUUUGUCUUCACAGCUUGUGAAAACCACAAUCAAAAUUUCAGCUGAGGAAACAACCGGCAAACCUAUAACCGAAUACGUGUUCCUCGUAGGGGAGCCCAAUCUUUCAUUUAUUUCUUUGAAAGACGACACGGAGAAAAAUAUCCAGCUACGAAAAAAUAAGGAAUUAAUUAAUGGUGAACAAAGUUACACCCUUAUUUUUGCAAAGGGCUCUCCAAAGAAAUCUUUUGCAAUCGAGACAGUCUCCUCGAAAAACAUACGCCCACAUCCAGAAGAAAUUGAACAAAAUGAUAAGCAAUUGGUUAGAUAUAAUGGAAGAUUGCACUUUUAUUCGAAAUAUAAAACUGUCGUGCAGAAAACCAAUGUUAAACUCAGUUCUGCGAAUAUACUCUCCCACACCCAAGUAAAACCUUAUACAGUUGGAUCCAACAAAAUUAAUUUAGGGCCUUACGAAGAUGUUGAAGCCUUAUCUGAGCAAGAAUUGGUUAUUCAUUAUGAAAAUCAAACGCCAUUUCUAACAGUUAACGCAUUGGAAAGAACCAUUGAAUUAUCUCAUUGGGGUAACAUCGCAAUCAAGGAAGAAAUACAAUUAACUCACGCUGGAGCUAAAUUGAAAGGAUCGUUUUCCCGAUACGAUUUUCAAAAGGAAGGCCGCUCUGAUCACUCUGCUGUAAAGUCAUAUAAAACCUAUUUACCGGCAUCUGCAUCUGGGGUCUAUUACCGAGACACAAAUGGCAAUAUUUCGACAUCAAACAUGAACUUAGUUCGCGAUUUUAUUGAACUUGAGCUUAGGCCACGGUUUCCUCUCUUCGGUGGAUGGAAAACAAAGUAUACUCUUGGCUAUAAUGUUCCAUCGUACGAAUAUAUGUACAACGAUGGCAACAAAUAUCAGUUAAAGAUGCACUUAAUAGACCAUAUCUAUGAUAAUAUGGUAAUCGAUGAAGCUGUUAUAAAGAUUAUUCUACCAGAGGGAUGCACAAAUGUACAAUUCUCGACACCAUACCAAAUAAGUAGACGACCAAAUCAGCUGGUGCACACCUAUUUAGAUACGAUUGGCCGCCCGGUUGUUACAUUCUCCAAGUCUAAUUUGGUGGAAAGUCACAUUUCUGACUUUACUCUUAAUUAUAGCUUCGAAAAGGUGUCCUUGCUUCAAGAACCCUUACUGGUCAGUGGUUUCAUUUAUGUCAUAUUUUUAUUUACAAUUGUUCUAUUACGUUUGGACUUCUCAAUAACUUCACAUUCCCAUAAAGAAUAAUUAAUUCGUCCUGUAUGCAUAAAAUACUUUGAUAAUAAAUAAAGUGUAUACAACAACAUUUAA